CUGAAAGAUACCUAGUGGAGAUGUAAGUCGCUGCUGAAGAUUCGCAACAACAAGCAAGUGCUUUAGCGCACCUCCCCCUCCCACUGCGCUCGCUCAGAAGAAAAAAAAAUGUUUCUCUUUUGCCUGAGAUACACAGUGAUGUGAAUAUCUGUGUGCUGUUGGACAGAGCUCUGGGACGGCUUAAAACAGAAAGAAUAGCGGAAACUAGAAUUCCUCGCGUGCUUGCAGGACCCGGACGCAUAAGCGAUCACACGGGAUUUCUUCAAACAGCGCUGUGCUCAUGGAAUUCCCAAAUGAUUCCACCGGCUUUGCUGACCCCAGACACGUCCGUCUGUACAACGAGACCCUGUUCCAGAACAACUUCAGCACUUUCAACGGGACUGACAGCUUCUUCCCAAAGGGUGUCAAGAUCACUAUAGCAAUGGUCUACAUGAUCGUCUGCGUGGUGGGUCUGGUGGGAAACUGCUUGGUCAUGUACGUCAUCAUCAGAUACACCAAGAUGAAGACGGCAACCAACAUCUAUAUCUUUAACCUGGCACUGGCCGAUGCACUGGUUCUGGCUACGCUUCCCUUCCAGGGCACGGAUGUGUUCCUUGGUUUCUGGCCCUUUGGCAAUGCCCUGUGCAAGGCGGUCGUCUCCAUCGACUACUAUAACAUGUUCACCAGUGUGUUCACCUUGACCGUGAUGAGCAUGGAUCGAUACGUGGCCGUGUGCCACCCGGUGAAAGCCCUGGACAUGCGGACGCCCCACAAGGCCAAGGUGGUCAAUAUCUGCGUUUGGGUCUUGGCUUCAGCCAUAGGGGUCCCGGCUAUGGUACUUGGAGAUGUGGAAAAUGACAACGGUAAGUGUGUGCAGAAAAUCCUUGAACGGCCUCAUUGGCAAAAAUAUUGGGAUCCUGUUUGCUACCUCAAUUCACUCUCCUUUCUCGUUCCUGUGGCGAUCAUCAGCGUGUGCUACAGCCUCAUGGUGAAGCGCCUCCGCAGUGUCCGAAUCCUCUCAGGGUCCAAGGAGAAAGAUCGCAACCUUCGGCGCAUCACGCGCAUGGUUCUGGUGGUAGUUGCGGUCUUUGUUGUGUGUUGGACGCCCAUCCAGAUCAUGGCUUUGGCACAGUCGCUGGGCUUCAACCUAGGCAGCGUCCAGACGGUGGUGUUCAUGCACUUCUGCAUCGCCCUGGGUUAUGUCAACAGCAGCCUGAACCCCGUCCUCUACGCGUUCCUCGACGAAAACUUCAAGCGCUGCUUCCGUGAGUUCUGCCACCCUUCACCGUUUGGCCUUGAUGCGCAGCAGUCAGGCCGCAUGCGCAACAUUGCACGCGAGGUGGCCUACAACUUCAAGACUGCAGACGGGAACAGUAACCCCGCAUGA